AGAAGAAGAAGAAUUCUAUUUGUUUCCAAAUCAUAGAAGAGCCAAUAUCGAGGAAAUUGAAUUAAAUUUCCUAUAUAUACAUUUAAAAUGGUAAAAAAGUGUUGCGUUUAUGCUUGUCCAAGCGAAUCCUAUGGUGGUUGCAAUAUAUCUUUUCACAGUCUUCCGAAAAAUGAGGACAUGCGACGAAAAUGGCUCAGCAUUGUACACGUGAAGCAAAAAAUUACCAAGAACUCAGUUGUAUGCAGUCGUCAUUUCCAGCCUUCAAGUUUUUAUAUUGGAAAUUCCCGUCGAUUAUUAAAAUCGGAUGCUAUACCCUCAAUUUCUCCAGCGGCAUGCAGAAUAUGUUUAGUUAUGGACAUAAAGCUGAUCUCUAUGAGCAAAUACAAAUUAGAACAGGCCUAUGAACAACUAACAGGAGUCUCGUUAUUGGCAGAAAAACGUUUACCCAAUGAAUUAUGCGCGGAAUGCGCUCAGAGACUAAUAAACUUUAGCCGAUUCAGGCACAAAAGUUUGAGAGCCAACUCUCUUAUGGUGGAGCUACUUAACGAAUAUAAUGAGCUAACAAAAAGUAUUAUACAGUCAAUAAAUCGAGAAAACAACCAAUUAAUAUCAAAUCUAACGACAGAAACUAUUAUCGACCAUUAUGAUCUUUACAUCGAAGAAGUCGACGAUGAAGACGUUGAUUUAAAUACUACGAUGAACAUUGAAGAUGAAGAAAUAAACGAUGUUAAUGAUGAUGAUCAUUCCUCUGUUGAUAGUUUACCCUUGGAAGAAACUAAGGAAAGUGAAGAAUAUAUUCGACAUGAAAUGGGUGAAGAGAAUAAUGAAGAUGAAGAAGAAAUAAAUAAUGAUAUGAUUUCAAACAAAUAUAAUGAAUCCGAUGAUAAAGAUGAUGAUUGUUCUGCAGAUGACAAUUUACCUUUAGAAGAAACUAGGGAAGAAAGUGACGAAUAUAUUCGAUAUGAAAUGGUUGAAGAAAAUAAUGCAUAUGAAGAAGAAAUAAAUAAUGAUAUGAUUUCAAACAAAUAUAAUGAAUCCGAUGAUAAAGAUGAUGAUUGUUCUACAGAUGACAAUUUACCUUUAGAAGAAGAAUCUUUAGAAACUAGGGAAGAAAGUGAAGAAUAUUUUCGAUAUGAAAUGGUUGAAGAAAAUAGUGAAGACGAAGAAGUUAUAAACGAUGAUAUGAUCUCAAACAAAUAUGAUGAAUUCGAUGAUAAACAUGAUUAUUCCUCGGAUAAUAGUUUAACUUUAGAAGAAACUAAAAAAGGGAAACAAAACAUGCGAAAAGUAAGGGUUAAAAGUGAUAAGCAUGGAGAAACAAAAGUGGAUGGUCAGAAGAAAACAUUUGGAGAUGAAUACUUGAAAAUUUUCAAUGUCACCGAUUUGACUUUAAGAGAACAAUUGGCGGAUAUAGAAAAUAGGAAAAAGAGCUUGAAUUAUAAAAAUAGUCCAUUCAAGUGUGCGAAAUGUUAUAAGGGCUUCUCGAAUGCGAUAACAUAUAAUGCUCAUAUGAUUAGACAUACUACGGCGUGCGGCGAAUAUUCUUGUAGUAUAUGUAAAAUACAUUUUAAAUCUAGAUACAUGCUUAAGAACCAUAACUUGAGGAAUCACACUCAAAGAUUAAGUUGUAAACAAUGUUCAUACGUUACUACUUAUCGAGAAUCGGCCAAGCUACACUCAGAAUGGCAUAAUGGGAUGAAAUAUAAAUGCCCUUACUGCGGGGAAGUGUUUUAUAAGAAAUCAUCAUAUAUGGGUCAUGUCCGCAUCAAACAUCCGUCUGACUUCGUGUGUGUGCUCUGCGGUUAUUCGUUCGUAAGCGAGAAGGGUAUCACAGUACAUAAAAACCUAAAGCAUCGAUUGAAUAACAAACCUAUACCCGAAGACGGUCCCGUUUGUGAAAUAUGUGAUUUACGUUUCCUCGACGCGGAAGCUUUUGAACGCCAUCUAUCGGUGUCAGCGAGACACGAAGGCGUGGACGGUAAGGAGAGAAACGAACCCUCCCUAAGGAGAUUGGGACGGUGGAAGAGGACGAAGAGAAAGAAUGACGAAGGACCGAUAACUUGUGAACAGUGCGGUGUACAGUUGAAAACAUGGCGAGAUUACCACAUCCAUUUCAGAAAAAAACACCCGGAGAAGAAUCGUACCAAAUAUACGUCGGUUAAAUCACUCAGUAUGUGCGAAGUGUGCGGGAAAAUAUUCUAUAGUGACGCCUUACUAAAUGACCAUAAAUGGGUACACGAGGGCAAACGCAAUUUCAAAUGUGACAUAUGCGAUAAGUCAUUUCUAACGAAGCAAAGUAUGCUCAUGCACAAACGUGCACACAGCGCCGAGAAGUCUGUGUACGAAUGUCAGUUGUGCGGGAAACAGAUAGGGAAUUAUAGCAAUAUGCAACGGCAUAUGCUGAUACACACCGGUUUGAAACCUUGGAAAUGCGAAUUCUGCGGUAAAGCAUUCAAACAACCAAGCGAGAAACGAGCACAUACGGCUCAUGUGCAUUUAAAGAAGCCAUGGCCCAAACGUAUCAGGGGCAAGAGACGAACAGACGGACAACAGGUAACGGUCAAUCAACAACCAGUAUCGCCCUCAACAGCAGACCUGGAUACAUCCGAUGUGGAACUGUGAUCGGAAAAUUGACAUCUCCAUGGGUUUAUUAUACCAUGAAAAGAAAUCCUUAUUGUUUAUAUAAUGACGUCAUAAUUGUAAAUAUUAAAUACUUAUU